CUAAAGAACUUCACCCUUACUACAAUCAGCAUACGGCUCUAUUCUUCUCUGUUCCAAGAUUCAUAGCUUUCUGGGUUUUCGAUAGUUGAAGAGAAUGCAGCGAUUGUUGGGUAUUAGAACCCUAUUUCGAAAGAAGCCGCAAUAUGCUGCUGCUGCUUUCUCUACUUCUUUACUCUUCGAUGAAACCCAGUUACAGUUCAAAGAAAGUGUUGCUCAGUUUUCUCAAGAAAACAUAGCUCCUCAUGCAGCCAAAAUAGAUCAUACGAAUUACUUUCCCAAGGAGGUUAAUUUGUGGGAAAAAAUGGGGGAAUUUAAUCUUCAUGGGAUUACUGCUCCAGAGGAAUAUGGUGGUCUUGGACUUGGGUAUUUAUAUCACUGUAUUGCCAUGGAAGAAAUUAGCCGAGCUUCGGGAUCAGUUGGGCUUUCUUAUGGUGCCCAUUCUAAUCUAUGCAUCAAUCAAUUGGUCAGGAAUGGAAACUCUGCCCAGAAGCAAAAAUACCUGCCAAAGCUUAUAAGUGGGGAGCAUAUUGGAGCUCUUGCAAUGAGUGAACCGAAUGCUGGAUCUGAUGUUGUUAGUAUGAAAUGCAAAGCUGAUCGAGUAGACGGAGGCUAUGUUUUGAAUGGAAACAAGAUGUGGUGCACCAAUGGUCCAGUUGCCCAAACUUUGAUUGUUUAUGCGAAAACGAAUGUUUCUGCUGGCUCUAAAGGGAUAACUGCAUUCAUCAUCGAAAAAGGGAUGCCCGGAUUUAGUACGGCUCAGAAAUUGGAUAAACUUGGUAUGCGAGGAAGCGACACAUGUGAACUCGUGUUUGAGAAUUGUUUUGUUCCCGAAGAGAAUGUUCUUGAUCGGGAAGGGAAAGGAGUUUAUGUUAUGAUGUCGGGUCUUGAUUUAGAGAGGCUGGUGUUGUCGGGAGGACCCCUCGGAAUCAUGCAAUCAUGUCUCGAUGAGGUUCUUCCCUAUGUUCGACAAAGGGAACAAUUCGGACGUCCAAUUGGGGAAUUUCAGUUUAUACAGGGAAAAGUUGCUGAUAUGUAUACUUCUCUACAGUCUUCCAGAGCUUACGUCUAUUCUGUGGCGAGGGACUGUGAUAACGGGAAAGUUGAUCCAAAGGAUUGUGCCGGAGUUAUACUAUGCGCUGCAGAAAGGGCAACCCAAGUUGCUCUUCAGGCUAUUCAAUGUCUUGGUGGGAACGGUUAUGUUAACGAGUAUUCAACGGGGCGACUUUUACGUGAUGCAAAACUAUACGAGAUUGGGGCAGGGACAAGUGAAAUCCGGCGUAUGAUCAUCGGACGAGAGCUCUUCAAAGAUCAAUAGACAACCAUUCAAGUGUUUCGAUUU